CUUUUUCGUGAUAAACCAAGAUAGUUUUUAGUAUUGUGUUGGUUUGACACAGUAAUUCUAAAUAUAACAGUAAUAUUGCUAGACGCUUGCAAUCACAUCUCAAACCUGACAUCGGAGCGCUUCUUCCUGCGUUCGUUUUGUUUGGGAGGGUGUAUAGUUUUGCGGCAGGCAGUAAGCAAAGACAGUGCUUUUGACAGCUCAUCUUCUGCAUUGAAUUGCCAGCAGUGUGUAGAAACAGCUCAGUGUAAUGGAGUUGCAGGCAGUUGUAAUGGCUGCUGGAGGGGGCUCCCGAAUGAUGGACCUCACUUACAGCAUGCCUAAACCCCUGCUCCCUGUGGGAAACAAACCCCUGAUUUGGUACCCUCUGAACCUGCUGGAGAGAAUCGGCUUUGAGGAGGUGAUUGUCAUUACAACAAAGGACGUUCAUAAGCAGAUGCACGUAGACACGAAGAUGAAGUUGGAAAUGGUCAUUAUACAAGAGGACGCAGACAUGGGCACAGCUGACGCCCUGCGGCACAUCCAGCAGAAAAUCAAGACAGAUAUUUUAGUUGUUAGCUGCGACCUGAUCACAGAUGUCGCCUUACACGAAGUGGUUGACUUGUUCCGUGCCCACGAUGCCACACUGUCCAUGCUGAUGAGUAAAACACAUGAAUUCACAGAGACCGUACCUGGACAGAAAGGAAAGAAAAAGACAGGGGAACAAAGGGAUUUUGUUGGGGUUGACAGCUCAGGAAAGAGACUGCUGUUUAUGGCCAACGAGGCAGAUUUGGAUGAGGAACUUGUCAUCAGGAAAUCCAUCAUGCGCAAACAUCCUAGAAUGCAUAUCAAAACUGGCCUUGUUGACGCCCACCUCUACUGCCUGAAGAAAUCAGUGGUUGACUUUUUAGCAGACAACAAAUCCAUCACCUCCAUCCGAGGGGAACUGGUUCCAUAUUUGGUUCGGAAGCAGUUCUCUGCGUCCACAAAUUCCCAGAAGACAAAAGAUGACUCCGAAAAGAACCAGAAAAAAAACGAUCUGAAAACUCCAGAUAUCCACAUUUCCUCCAAAGACGAGGGCCUGCUCGAUCUUGCCCGGGAGAAGUCCUGCUGGAACGACCACCGGGGAGACAUGAGUGACGCGUACCAUGGCGGCAAGCUGCGCUGCUAUGUGCACAUCAUGGAAGACGGCAUGUGUUACCGUGUCAAUACCCUUGCUGCCUACAUUGAGGCCAACCGCCUGGCUCCCAAGGUCUUCUCUGAGGAGCUUCCAGUCCAUCCUACGGCGGAAAUCUCUGAACAAAGCAUGGUUGGUGCUGAUAGCAUCAUUGGUGCUUCCUGUCAUGUGCUUGAGAAAUCUUCCAUCAAGCGUUCAACCAUCGGAGCCUUCUCCUCCAUCAGGGAGAAGGUUAAGAUCACUAAUUCCAUCAUAAUGAAUGAGGUUACCAUCGAGGAAGGGUGCAGUAUUCAGGGCAGUGUGAUCUGUAGCUAUGCUGUCAUUGGCAGAGGGGCUGACAUCAAGUACUGCCUGGUUGGUAGUGGACAGUGCAUCGAAGCAGAAGCUGAAAGGAACAAUGAAGUGAUAGUGGGCACCGACCAACUGAUGGAGAUCUAGAGACGCUGAAACUACCAUUGUUCAGGUCAAGCACUGGACACUUAACUCCACAUGAACAUACAGACAAAGCAAAACACACAGCAUCCCAACCUCUGUUCUGUUGUGAACCACACAAGCAGUUAUGUCUUUUUUAUAUUGUGGAUCUUCCCAAUAAAAGAGGAGUGUUUAUUUAUCUCAA